GAAGGCAGAAGACGACGCGAGGCGGGAGAGAGAGGCCGAGGCCCUUGCGGAAAUGAGGCGCAAGAAAGAGCAGAAGGAGGCGGAGAAGAAGGCGGCCUUGCUCAAAGAGGAAGCCGACAAACGGAGGGAGAUGAAGCUGCGCCAGAUGGUCGAGAGGAGGGAAGAG